AUGAUCGCUAAGGACGGCCGUGUGACUUGUGGUGUGAGCCUGGAGGUUAUGGACGCUCGGCUGGAGCGAAUGGAGCGACUGCUCAAGGUGGCGGUGCUGGGCGUGGUCGGCCUGGCUCUCCUUUUGUGCCUCGUUGGUCAUCGGCUGCAUGUGGCCAAGACUGAGGCCGAGAUGUUAGUGGCCGAGGCGCGGGCUGAGGUGAUGGCGUUCAAGGCGCAGUUCACCCGGAGUGCGCUGCAUGACGGGGCCAAGUCGCUGAUGAAGGAUCUGAUGGGCGAGGCGCUGGCGACGCUGACGGGCGAGGUCUCGCUGCUUCCUUCGGACCCGAUCGGAGUCAUUGUGGACAACAUUGUGCGGUACGACUACUCUCAGCUGGUGGUUAAGGCGCACAACAUCACAUCGGCGUACCAAAAGACGCAGCGGUAUGCUAACCAGUUUGACGAGGUGUACAACACCAUCUCGCUCCUGGCGAGCAUCUUUGAGAAGGCAGCGGAGGUCGAGUGGCUCAAGACGGCGCCGGUGACGGACAAGUCCAUCAAGGCCGAGUCUGGCGACAUUGCGCUCAACAUCAAGUUCCCGCUCUUUGACUACCUUGUCGACUCGUUUGAUCCGGUCACGCUCGCCUCGCUCGGCGCCGACUGCGUCGAGCUCGCCGACCGGACCACCCGCAACAUCGACUGGUCCGGCGCAUACCCAACCCAGGGCUACUACCCGCCGGACGGGUACACCUCGUGGGAUGCCAACAACGGUAUCCGUAUGGUAAUCCGCGACUACAUUCACCCGAUCUGCUCUUCGCUCGCCGCGCUCGACACCCUUCUCGCCGAGAUGGAGGGCUGA